AUGUUUGCUCCAAGAUCUUCAAGACCUGCUACCGUUGCUGUUUAUCCUUCAAAAAACGGUGGGCUCCGCCGAAAAAAGAAAGGCGAAAAUAUAACUCCUGCUAUUGAACUUGAGCGUAUUCUUGGGUUAACAACUUCAAAAUCAACUGCAAUAUCAACCGCUCCUACGCAUGAUCUUGUAGCUUAUGCGGCUGGCUCUGUCGUUGUAUUAUAUAAUCACAAGAAAAACAAACAAGUUGGCUUUUUACACGCGUCUUCAGCGGUGACUUCGGCUCCGUCUCAACUCCCUACCGCUUUUCCUAAUCGACAUACUAUCGUUGGUGAUUCUAUAUCAGCGAAUCCUUUGAGUUCCUUGGGGUUACUGGAACCUCCAGGUACCAAUGCUAAUGGAAAUUCAUCUAAGAAACCAGCUGUGAGCAAUAAGGCAAAACCUAUAUCAUGUCUUGCUUUUUCUCCUGAUGGUAAUUUCUUAGCUGUCGGUGAGACUGGUCAUCAGCCUCGUAUAUUAAUAUGGGAUGUAGUAUCAAGGACUCUAGUUAAUGAACUUAAAGGUCAUAAAUAUGGCGUAUUAGCAAUAGUAUUUUCCCCAAAUAUGAAAUGGGUUGUAUCUUUAGGUUUUCAACAUGACGGUUAUCUAAAUGUUUGGAAUUUAAAAACUGGUGCAAAAGUCGCGUGUAACAAAAUCACUACCAAGGUCCACACUUUAGCGUUUAACAGGACUGGUUCAUUUUUCGUAACUGCUGGCUUGAGGCAUGUAAAAUUCUGGUAUUUUGAUUCUAAUGGAAAUUUACCAAAAAAAACUGCGGGUCAAUCAAUACAAAAAACUGCGCAAGUACUUGAUGGGCGAUCUGGUAUUCUGGGCGAUUUAAGAGAUAAUAAUUUUCUCGACGCCGCAUGUUGUCAGAAAUCAGAUCAUACUUAUUUUGUAACUUCAAAUGGAUUGUUAUGUAUGUUUACGGAAGGUAGAUUAAUGGAUAAAUGGGUUAAUUUGCAGGUCAAAAGCGCCUAUUCUAUUGAUGUGAGCCAGCAAUAUAUCAUAUGUGCUUGCUCAAAUGGAAUUAUUAGGCUAUUUGAGCCAAUAACUCUGAAUUAUCUGGGUACUUUGCCAAAACCGCAUCCUCUGGGUGUGGAUUUGACUUUACAGACUGGAACAACUUAUAAUGGUGCUGGUGAUCCUAAUGAAACAUAUCCAGAUACAACUGCUAUAAAAUUUGAUGCUGAAACCGGAAAACUUACUUGUAUAUAUAGUGAUCGUAGUCUUUUUAUAUGGGACAUUAAAGAUGUAAAAAAAAUUGGAAAAUAUAGAAGUUUCCUAUACCAUUGUGAUACUAUUUGGGGUGUAGAGAUGGUACCACACGAUGCUGCUGAUGGUACCUCUAUGUUACCAGAAAAUACUUUCGUCACUUAUUCCGCUGAUAGUACUAUCAGAUUUUGGAAUUUUGACGGUUCUGUUAACUCGACCGCUUCAAACGGUUCUUCCGUCGGAAGUAACAACAACCCAUCUAUAAAAAGAAACAUUUAUAGCAAGGAGUGUUUGAAAAUUGUUUAUGCGGAUCCAGACGGCAAAUACCGUUCAUGUGCUUUGGAGACAAAAAAUGAAAAAUCAGAUUCUUCGGAUCAACUUAAUGCUACUUCCGUAGAAUCUGGUAUCCGUACUUUAAAAAUUAGUCCCGAUGGAAAAUUGAUGGCAUCGGGUGAUCGUAGUGGAAAUUUAAG